AUGCCUCACUUUCUUAAGAGGAGAAAUAGACGUGUUGCUCCAGCCCCUGAGAGCAACGGAGACAAACCAAAAGAAAUCCCAAAGCAACCUCGUGGAAGAGCCAAGACACAGAACCUCUGUCAGCAGGUUGAAUGGUUUGGGUUUCGAAAUCCAGGCAACCUUUGCUAUGUAAAUUCAAGCCUCCAAAGCCUUAUCACUCUCAAGGGCUUUAUAAAUGAUAUCAUUAUGCAGGUGGAGGUAUGGAAAGGAAUAGCAGAAGCUCAACUUAUCAGAGCAUUCAUUAAUAUUUUAAUUCUGCACCGCUCCACGGACGCCGAAAGAAAAUGCCAGGCGGUCUACGUGUUCAAGUGUAUCCUGUCUAAAAAAAAUCCGGAAUUUCAAAACCAAGGCCAGAAAGAUGCACAUGAAUUUAUAGUAACGGUACUGGACCAGCUCAGAAAUUUAGCCCCACUACUGCGGCAAGAGGCUGCCCUCGUGGGGAGGAAAUACAGAUGCCCCGUAGAAGAACAUUUCAUUUUCAAGAUGGAGAGCACCAGGACCUGCAAGGGAUGUGGAGCCCAGUCUUCAAGAGACGAAGAAUUCAGCAACCUCUCAUUGAAUCUGGUGCCUGGAGCGUCGGUGCAAGACGUGCUCCAGAAUUACCUGAAAGAGACUGACAUAGACUUCAACUGCGGCUGCGGAGCCAAAAGAUCUGGCCAGCAGUCCAGUUUUGCAACGCUGCCAAAGAUUCUGAUGCUACAUCUGAAGCGGUUCACGUACAGUCGGCCCAUGCAGCUGGAGAAGCUGCACUGUGCGGUGGAUGUGUUUCGAGAAUUAAUGGUCACCUCCAGACAGGGUGAUGGCUGGUACUCCCUGGUUAGUGUAGUCAGUCACUUAGGCAUCAAGGGACAACAAGUUGACCUUCAUAACUUCUGCACAUUAAGACACCUGAUCUAA